AUGGUCGUCAAGUUUUCACGUGUAUCCGCAUGGGGUGCCGACGAUUUGAUGAUCCUGAUAACCUUUGGUUUUCUAAUCGCGUUCGUGCCGUUGAACGCAAAUGCGGGAAGAAGCGGUGCCGGUCAAGACAUGUGGACUUUGACUGUUGAUCAAAUCACGGAGUAUUUCAAAAACUUUUAUGUCAUACAAGCACUAUAUUACAGCACCAUAGCUUUCCUAAAGGCGUCCGUUCUCUUCAUGUACCUACGAAUCUUCCCUGGCAAGCGGUUUCGGACAGUCCUUUGGGGCACACAAGCGUUCAACCUGGCAAUCGGUGUCACAUUUGUUCUUCUCGGAAUAUUCCAAUGUCGACCCAUCCACCUGGCUUGGACGGCUUGGAGAGGCGACUCCGAAAGCCGGGGCACAUGCAUGGACGUCGUCAUCACUGCCAUGGUCUACUCGGCGAUCCAAGUUGGACUGGACAUUUGGAUGCUCAUACUACCUCUCACGCAGAUUCUGGGUUUGAACAUGAAGUGGAGCAAGAAAUUUGGGCUCAUGUUUAUGUUCAGCUUGGGGCUUUUCCUCACAGCAGCUAGCACCAUCAGGCUGAAACUUCUUGUCGACUACCAUCAGGGAACACACAAUUUCACAGUGGAUUCCCUACAAAUUGACAUGACAGUGGAUGGAGCUUUCGACAAGGCUACUCAAGCAGAGCCAACACUGGAGGCUGUCAUCCACACCGCAAGCCCUUUCCACUUCCAGUCUAAGGAUGCCGAAACCGAGAUGCUCAAUCCGGCCAUAAGAGGCACCACAUCUCUUCUUAGCGCCGUCGCUGUCUAUGCACCAAACGUGAAGAAGGUUGUGAUUACCUCGUCCGUCGCCGCAGCGGCAGCCUGGGAUUUUGUUAACAAGAAGCCCCACUUCGCCCUGUCGACGAUUUUGCCGCCUCUCAUCCUCGGACCGGUUGUGCACCACCUUGAUAACCUUGGUUCAAUCAACACUUCCAACCCGGCAUUUGUCGAUAUCAUCGAGGGCAAAUGGGAGGAUUCGAUUUCUGCCACGGGGUCUCCUCAGUGGGUCGAUGUGCGCGAUGCUGCGUUCGCUCAUGUCCAGGCACUGAUCAUGCCCGAAGCUGUUGGCAAGCGGUUUCUCCUCUACGCGGGUGACAUCAGCAACGCUGCGAUUGCUAGCAUUGCUAAAGAUAAUUUCCCGGAGCUGGCUGAUAAGAUGCCUGAGAACAUCGAGAGCGACGUGGCCGCCGCCGACGCUAGUGUUGAUGCCGGGUUGUCGAAGGACAUUUUGGGUGUGAAGUACCGCUCUCUGAACGACAGUGUUUUCGACUCGAUCAGGUCUUUGUUGGGCCGCUGA